UCAUACGACACAAAAGAGAAAAGGGUAUAAAACGCCCUUGUACCAUCAUAACGUCUGAAUGCUAGCAUCCUUUCCUUGUCUCAAACAUGGCUACUCAAAUGGACACCCCUUACGUGCUAAGCCCUGAACAAUUGGCUGCAUACGAAGAACAAGGGUUUUUGCUCUUGCACGAUUUCAUCGUUCCUCAAGACUUGAAGACAGUUCAAGGCUGGGCAAAAGAAGUUCAUGCUCUUCCAAACGAGAAAGGAAAAUGGAUGCAUUACGAAGAAGUGAAAAAAGAUGGCAGUAGAACAUUAUGUCGAACGGAAAAUUUUGUUAAUUUCCAUGAUGGCUUUGAGGCAAUGCUCAAAGGUAAACGAGCACGCGAGCUAUUGCAACAGAUCAGUAAAGAAGAAAUGCUCUUGUUCAAAGAGAAGAUCAAUUACAAGAAUCCUGGCGCUGGAGGAUUUGAUGCACAUACAGAUGCACCUGCUUAUCAACACGCUGGUACAUUGAAGCACUUAACGAUCAAUGUCGCAGUUGAUGCCGCAAAUGAAGAAAAUGGUUGUUUACAAGUUGUGAUCGGAUCACAUAAACAACAAAUCCCAAUCGAUUCAAACAAUUGUAUCGAGAAAUCAUGGGAAGAUAGUCAAACAUGGACUUCAGUUCCUUUACAACCUGGAGAUAUUUUGAUCUUUGGAUCUUUCUUAGCACAUAGGAGUGGCCCAAACAAUUCUGCUUUUCCAAGAGCGGCAAUUUAUGCUACUUAUAAUGCCGCUUCAGAUGGCGGUGAUAGACAUGAUGCUUAUUAUGUCGACAGACGUCAGCAUUGGCCACCCACUUCAGAACGAGAAGAAGGUAAAGAUUAUUCCCUAGGUGCUUUACGUUAUGGAUUCGGCUCUCCGAUGGACGGGGCACAAAAGCACAGUAGGAUGAUAAUGGGUGCUACUCUUCAAGCUGGCAAAGUCUGAAGGAUAGAAGCCAUACUUUGUAUCUCAUAAAAUAUAACAAUGAAAUCAGAC